AUGAAUCGGAGGGAACUUGUCCCUCGCCCCCAACGUGCGGAAUCUAGCCUUUCUGGAUCCAUCAACAGGAGGGGCCCCUACCUCGACUUCCUCCCUCGACACAGUGGAUGCCAACAAUGGACCAUAACUUUAAAUCGCAAUAUGGCCCGGUACUUUAUGCAUCUCAACUUUUUCAUGGACGUCGUGACUAGUUCGUCGAUCGCGGGCGCUGAUUUGCAGAAAGGCCUGCCUAUCCCUGUGACAGCCGAACUACUGCAUCCUUGUUCACAAUCACAGACCCCAAACCAGGCCAAUGGCAUUGUCAUGCAGGCGGUCUGCUGCGAACAGCAUCCCACCACGCAUACAUCCAGGGCUGCACAUGGGAUGCACAGCAACUGGGUGGUCGAGGCCUAUCUAGACGGGUGGAGUCCUGUCAAUGAUCUGCCGUGUCUCGACCGAGCUUUUGCGAUAAUGAUCCUACUCGCAGAUCGUAGGUCGUGGAAUGAUGGUCCACUGCGCGGUAAUAAGCCCGAAUGGUCAUUGACUUCCACGAAUUAUGCAGUCAUGGAUAUGUCCAUGUUCCAUUUCGUCAAUCGAGAAGCGGCAUGGGCAUGCCAUUACAGGAAACAAGGUAGUCUAGAAGACCCACUGUGCAACUCGCCAGACCAAGAUAAUGCUCAGCUACUAUUGAGGUAACCGGGCUCACGUCACACAAAUCAUAAGGUGUGC